AUGAUCUUUAAGAGGGAAAGUAUAGUAUCCGGAUUGGAGGAUCAAAUCUUGCUUCACUACCUACUCUCAGUUUCAAACUUCAUGUCACCUGGUGGCAUACAAGCUUCUCUCUCCAGAACCACCAUUGACAGCCGAACUGAAUGUGAGAUGUCACUGAGCAAAAAUCAUUACAUGGAUGUUCAUUAUUUGAUAACUCAGCUCUAUACAACUUGUGAUGGCUAAGGAACAAGUGUGCUAAAGGGAUUAUGUCAAAAGACAAAACCACUAAGUUGUUAGAGAUCUCCUCCAAGGGAACAGGAGCACGAGGGGCAAAAAUGUCCAAAACAAGAAAAAAAAAUAGAAAACCACAUACUAGAUAUGUAGGAAAUAGUUGUCCUCCUUGAAACCAUAAUUCGGACGUGAGAUGGGCUAUUUGUGGGGAAAUUAAGCAGAUUGAAGUACAACUUUGUAUAUUCAAUUAGAAUGACUAUUUAUUUGUUAAACACACAUCUCCUGUCUAACUUUCUUAUGACCAAAUAUUCUUUGGAUAAUAUUGCUUUUUAUAAUUGUAAAUUAUUCUAAUUAGACUAUACAUUGAAUAAUUGUUUAAUGUUCUAUUUUC